GAACCUCUAUGUAAGAGCUUGUAUAUCGUCAAACGGUCUUUUUCAAUAAUGCUGCUCAAAUAUAUUCUAAUAUGUUUCCUACUGCAACAGGUAUUAUCAGCUGUUCAAGACUGUCCAUUUCCUGAGCACCAUGCUGAGCACCACGUAGCCAAUAAUCUUAUUAAUGAUAAGGCGGUGUGCUCUGACGCUUAUGUUAAAUGUAUAACCACAUCCGACCAAACUUGUUUUGAAAAAUAUAAUAAUUGUUUGAAAGACGCAAUAGAGGAUUUCAAAGAUGCUGCCAUAGAUUUUGAUCUUUUAAUCAUAAUUGUUAUAGAGGCACAGAAUGAAGCUGAUAUAGAUUGCAAUUCAGUUUGUUUUUAUGAAAUAAUUUUUAGGAAAUUGUUGGAAAAUCGUGUAUUCUGUGGAUAAAGA